AUGCGGUUUUCUGUCGUCAUUCUUGCCUUGUCAGGCAGUGCAUCGGCUCUGCCUGCUUUCAACGGCGUCGCAGCACGUCAACCCACCGAUGCGGUUAGCCGAAGUACUGAGCUCACGAGCACCGGAUCUACGUCAGUGGUCGAAGACCUGAGCCGCCGCGGUUUCAAAGCCGAGGUCAUCACGAACGAUGCGGAGGGUUCGGGCACAAAGAGAAGCACUCUUGAACUGGAGACGAGGCAAAGCAAGAAGGGAAGCACGGCAGCGAAUGCCGGGGGCGGCAACCCACAUGCAAAUGCGAUUGGGGACAACAAGGUCAACCCAACGACGGGGCUGACGGACUCGGAAGCGGCAGAGAUCGUUACCGGACUCGAUCUCAAAGACAAGAAAGCUCCCGGGUCUCUCAACUCAAAAGGCCAGCGGAAUCCGUUACCCGGUCUGAGUGCUGAUGAGACGGAUGCUAUCGUGAAGCAAGGACAGGCAGCUCUUAAGGAAGCCGGUGCAUGA